AUGCUUUGCUCUUCUGUUUUCAAUUUAGUCGAACUUCAUAUCAGUUGCUUCGUUAAAAAUUCUCUCAAUUUUCCAGCGACUAUGUCAUCUCGAGGCGUUCGAGCUGCGGGUACUGACGGAACCGACUUCCAGAAUCGUCAGAGGAUCGCUCAACACUAUCAGGAAAGCGUUCAGUACAAAUCUAUCCUCAAAUGGUUCUUCGUACCACACUUCUUAAUUCUGGUGUUCAUGUGGCUGAAAGUUGGCAGCGAGUUUCUGCGUUCCAAUUUUGGAUGGAAGAGCGCAUUUUUUGAAAGACUCGACAUGCCAUCAGCAUAUCCAUGGGAGUAUGUUUGGUGUCUUUCGUUCGUUCCAGUCGUGCUGGCUCUCGCUUCGUUCCAGAGAAAUAAACUUAAAAUUCUCCACUAUGCCUACUACGCUGAAUUCAUUUUCGGAAUCUUCCCAUGCAUGAUUGGACUCGGUGGACAGCUUCCAGAGCUAAUGGAGUAUGCUCAAGACAUGGAAGGCAGUAAUACGCCAACAUUCAAAGGAAUCUUCCCAAUGGUAAUCAUCUGGUACAUUUUCUUUGCCGUCGCUCUCCAAAUUCACGGAUUCUCUAUGUACUUCAUGCACCAUCUUUCUUCCGCAUGGGCUCCGGUCAAACGCGAUUAA